GUUCAAAUAACCUAAUGUAACCUAACCAAACACUUUUCAAGGAUUUCUUAAUCAAAAUUUGUUUAUGCAUUUUUAUUCUGUAUCCUGUAUAUUUCAUAAAAACAAACAAUUUCAAGUACCUCUUCAGUAUUAUACGUGAUAACUGUAGUGUGAUACCGUAGUAUUUAACAUUAUAAUCAAUACUAUUCCUGUAUAAAAUGAAGGCGUAUUUGGUUUCUGUCCUUUUUGUUUUAAUCAUACAUUCGAGCACUUCUGACCAGAGUAAAAGCAUUGUUAGAGCUAGAGUUGAUAGCUGUGCUGGAUGCCAACUGAACCGUCUUGCAGAAGUCCGAGCUUUUAUCUAUGAAGAUAUUCCCAAAUACGAAAACGUAGAAUGGAAGAAGAUUCAGGGUCACCCUCCAGAACUGAUUUUCUUCAAUGAAGCCGAUGAAGAAGUAGAGAGGCACUUACUGGAAAAGUUAAAUAGGCAAGCUUGUAACAAGUUACUGGAAAAGAGGGGUUUCAAAUUGAAGGAUUCCAAUGAAAUUGGAAAAGAACUUUAAAUUAGUCUAUAUAAAAUAAAUAAGCUUAUAAUAAAACAUAAAAAUAUAAUAAAUAUUUGUGUUAUACUCAAUAUUUGUCUUAAUUAGUGUCAAUAGUCGAGACUAUAGUCCACCUAGAGUCUAAACUAUUGAAACUAAUAGUAUCAAAAACUGAUGUAAUCUUGACAAGAUAAUAUAUAGUAUACCUAGAGAAAAAAAGGGCAAUUUUACAAAAUGUAAUAAUUUAUUUAUAAAAAUAACACUAAAAUAAACGUAAAAAAUACCACUCAA